AUGGAUGACAUGAUUAUUACUGGUGAUGACCAUGGUGGUAUUAAAUCUUUUAAGCGCGAUUUAGCUCAUCGAUUUGCUAUGAAGGAUUUGGGCUUGUCGUGUUAUUUCUUGGGUAUUGAGCUAGCUCAGUCUAAGAAAAGGUAUCUUCUUUCUCAGACUAAAUAUAUAUCUGACUUCUUUACACGGGCGGGCCUCUCUAUCAAUCGGACUGUUGAUACUCCUCUUGAAACCAAUGCAUGGUACUCUCCUACUGAUGGUGUUCCUUUGUCCGAUCUGAAUCUUUAUCGCAUUGUUGUGGGAAGUUUGGUUUAUCUCACAGUUACUCGUGUAGAUAUUGCUCAUGAUGUUCAUGUUGUCACUCAGUUUGUUACUGCACCUACAUUUGUUCAUUGGGGAGUUGUAGUCCGUAUUCUGAGAUAUCUUCGUGGCACUCAGUUUCAGACCCUUUUGCUUCCCUCGACUUCUUCUCUUGAGUUACGUGCCUAG